AGCCGCUAUCACCAAACACUUCGGAACACUCUCCCACGCACUUCUCCAUGCGUUCUCUUCUUCUUCUUCUUCAACAUUUUAUAUCUCUCCCUCCAUAACCCUAACCAUGCUCAAUUUUUAACCCGAGUUAAACUGCUCACUAUCCCGGCCGCCUCACCUCUUCAGUCUUUACUCCAUCUAUAAAUCUCCCUACCUUCCUUCUCUUCCAUCGAUCUAUCUCUAAACUCUGAUGAAUCUAUUGUUUCUUGCUUCUCUCUCAAGCAAAGUAUUGUUUGUUUUUAGAUAGAGGGCGAGCCGAUUAAGCUGGGCGUUAUUGUUAGUUAGUUAGAUGCGGCGAUGAGUUGCAACGGCUGCCGGAUUCUCCGAAAGGGUUGCAAUGAGAAUUGCAUACUCAGAGAAAGCCUCCAGGGCAUUACAACUCCUCAAGCUCAAGCUAAUGCGACUCUCUUCGUCGCUAAAUUCUUCGGCCGGGCCGGGCUCAUGUCGUUCCUCUCCUCCGUUCCCGCCUCCCAGAGGCCAGCGUUGUUCCAAUCGCUGCUAUUUGAAGCCUGUGGACGGACGGUGAACCCGGUGCACGGAGCCGUGGGACUGCUGUGGACAGGGAACUGGCACCUGUGCCAGACGGCGGUGGAGACGGUGUUGCGAGGCGGAGUAUUGCACGCGCCGUCGGAUUUCGCAGGCGAUUCGGCGGAGGAGACCGACGAUGCGAAAUUGUUCAAUCCGCAUGAAGCGAGUGUAAGAUCGGUGAUUGACGAUCUAGAUCUGGGGCUGAGGAUGUCCAGUGAAGGGAAGGUAAACCGGCAAACGGCGAUGAGGAGGAGGAGUCGGAGGCGCGGAACGCCGUCGGAGGAGUCGGAAAUCACUACUUCAGAGAGCUGUUAUGCGUACCAUCAAAAUGAGGGAAACGACGUUAAGCUUCUCAGACUCUUCUUCUGAAGCACAACAAGGAAUUUCCAUAAACAAUAUAAAAUAGCUAUGAAAUUUUGGGGUUUUUUUUAAUUCCUAUUUUAAAAUAUAAUUAAACCUUAGAAAAUCAACUUCGAAGUUGAAAAUUUUUGGAGGUUAAAAGCAACAGCCGGCGGCGAUCCGAUCCUCCGGUAUUAUGUUGACGGACGGAGUACGUAUUGUACGUCCUAAUGUCAUUUUGCUAGUACUAAAAAAAAUGUUACUACGUAUUUUGUUAAGGGAGUAAUAAAUUUAUAUGUUAUAUUGAUC